AAAUGAGCUCUGAUUUUACACCCUACAUAGUGCACUUAGUAAGAGGGACGGUCUUAUUUAUGACUGCGCAUGCGCCAACCGGCCACAUCAUCAACCCGGAAGCAGGAACUUCAAUCACUUCAGAUUUGGUUUGACAACACCCGAGUAACCAUGGCCCAGUUUGGGGACGUUUCCCAGAAAUCCGCGCUCCACCCGAAACCGAAGGGGCUGACGUUACAGUACGGAACGGCCGGGUUCCGAACCGCCGCCGAUCGUCUGGACCACGUGAUGUUCCGCAUGGGCCUGCUAGCCACGCUGAGGUCCAAGCAAACCAAGUCCACCAUCGGCGUCAUGGUCACGGCGUCACACAAUCCAGAGGAGGACAACGGGGUGAAGCUGAUCGACCCGAUGGGGGAGAUGGUGACUCCGGCUUGGGAAGGCUACGCCACUCAGCUGGCCAACGCGGACCAGGAUGAUUUGUGCGCUGUACUGAAGGGCAUCGUCGAGAGCGAAGGUGUCGACAUGGCUCAGGCAGCGAGUGUCAUAAUCGGCCGAGACACCAGGCCAAGCAGUGAGAACCUGUCCCGGGCCGUGCUGGAUGGCAUUUCCUGUUUAGAAGGCCAUAGUCACGACUUUGGCCUUGUGACCACACCUCAGCUGCAUUAUAUGGUCCUGUGUCGCAACACCGGCGGUUGCUACGGAGACGCUACGACCCAAGGAUAUUACGAGAAACUCUCCAAGGCGUUCGCGGAGCUCACGAAGAACGCCCCGAAGCGCACCCUCGACCAGAAGAUGCUGCUGGUGGACGGCGCCAACGGGAUCGGGGCCCUGAAGAUGAAAGAAAUGGAGGCGUUUCUGAAGCCCGAGCUGCAGGUGGAGAUCUUUAAUGACGGCAGCAGCGGGAGACUCAACUAUGAGUGCGGAGCCGAUUACGUGAAAGUGCAGCAGAAAGCUCCGCGAGGUAUGCAGAUGAGUCCGGGUCAGCGCUGCUGCUCCUUCGACGGCGACGCGGACCGAAUCGUUUACUACUACAGCGACUCUAACGCACGCUUCCAUCUUUUGGACGGCGAUAAAAUAGCUACCCUGAUUAGCACCUACCUCAAGGAGCUUUUGACGGAGGCGGGGCUAAACCUGCAGGUCGCCGUGGUUCAAACGGCAUACGCCAACGGAAGCUCUACACGAUACCUCGAAGACGUCAUGAAGGUUACCGUCUGCUGUACGAAGACGGGAGUCAAACAUUUGCAUCACGAGGCUCAGAAAUUCGACGUCGGCGUUUACUUCGAAGCCAACGGCCACGGCACGGUUCUUUUCAGUAAAAAAGCAGAAGAGCAGAUCCGGGAGCUGGCCGAAGAGUCGAACGCGAGCGAUGAGAAGAAGCGUGCGGGAAAGCUCCUGGAGAGCACCGUGAACCUCAUCAAUCAGGCUACAGGUGACGCCAUUUCUGAUAUGCUCCUAAUUGAAGCCAUGCUGGCCGUCAGAGGGAUGAGUGUUCAGGAUUGGGCUUCCAUUUACACCGACCUGCCCAACCGCCAGCUCAAAGUCAAGGUAGCAGAUAGGCGGGUGAUCGAGACGACGGAUGCAGAGCGACGUGCCGUAACGCCGGCCGGGUUACAAGACUCCAUAGAUGCUCUGGUCAAGAAAUACAGACAAGCCCGGGCUUUCGUGAGACCCUCCGGCACCGAGGACGUGGUCCGGGUGUAUGCUGAAGCUGACACGCAGGAGAGCGUAGACGCCCUGGCACAUCAAGUCAGUCUGGCUGUAUAUCGGCUCGCCGGAGGAGUCGGAGACGAACCGAAGCCUUUGAAUUGACACCGAGUGUGAACCCGUUGAUCAUUUGAUUUGAUUCGAUUCAAUUCGAUUCACUGCUGCACAUCCUGUUUGCACUUAUUGUAUGGUUUAAUAUGAACUGUGAACAUAUUUUUGGUAUUAAAAAAAAUUUAUAAAAGAACAAAAACUACAAUUAAAAAAAAUAAAAAUCUUGUAAAACUU